UGCUCAACAGAGGGCGCAGAACGCCAGCCAUUCCGUAUGGUUUACCCGCAAUGAUUGAUGCUGCCGUUCAUACCACAUCCCGGUAGAACCGUCGGCUACACCGCGCGGCCGUCAUGGUUGUUUUAGCGGAUCUCUAAUGUCGGCUUUUUCCUCCUCUGAAUUCAGUUCACUCACACGCGCACGAGCGUUUCCGCUCGCGGAGCCUCGCGACCAGCUGUGCUGUUGAACGGCGGAGGCAGGAGGAUGGCACUGCGUUGGACGCUCGGUCUGUAUUUGUCCUCGGUGGUCUAUUAAGAUUUUAAUUAGCUGAUAACAUACGGUUGACGUUUACGGCGGAUUGGUGUGGCAGCGACGAUAAACGCACCGCUCUGAUUAUGGGAAAGGAGUUCAGGUUUGAAGACCCCUGAUCAUAUCGGCUGCAAGGCCAAACAGGGGACUUGUACCUGAAGAGGGACGACUAACAUUGAGACUGGAAGACCCUCUCUCCACACUGACACUGCUUCACCUAUCACUCCAUCAUCACUGCCAUGUCCAUACCCAGUGGCAGCCCAGAGAAAGAGGGCUCCAGUGGGGCUCUCCCUCAGCUAGAGUGCCCCUCUUCCCCUCCUGGCAUGGACCCAGAUCCCACGUCAAUGGGCAGCCCAGUGCUCAGCCCAGACUCAUCCUCUCAUGAUGCAGUGCUGUCAGCACCAGCUGCUUCCCCAGCCGACUCGGAGAACCUAAGUCCCGAUGAGCUGGAGCUGCUCGCCAAACUCGAGGAGCAGAACAGGUUGCUGGAGGCCGAUUCCAAGUCCAUGCGCUCGAUGAGCGGCUCUCGGCGCAACAGCGGCUCCUCGCUGGUGUCCAGCUCCUCAGCUUCCUCCAACCUGUCACACCUGGAGGAGGAUACCUGGAUCCUGUGGGGCCGCAUCGUCAACGAGUGGGAAGAGUGGAGACGCAAAAAGGACAAACUCCUGAAGGAGUUGAUCAGAAAGGGCAUCCCUCAUCAUUUCCGGGCCAUCGUCUGGCAGCUGCUGGGCAACGCCACUGACAUGCCGGUGAAGAACCAAUACUCUGAGCUGCUGAAGAUGUCGUCCCCCUGCGAGAAGCUCAUCCGCAGAGACAUCGCCCGCACUUACCCUGAGCAUGAGUUCUUCAAAGGCCAGGACAGCCUGGGGCAGGAAGUCCUCUUCAAUGUCAUGAAGGCGUACUCUCUGGUUGAUCGAGAGGUGGGCUACUGCCAAGGAAGCGCAUUCAUCGUUGGUCUGCUGCUUAUGCAGAUGCCCGAGGAAGAGGCGUUUUGUGUUUUUGUGCGUCUGAUGCAGGAGUACCGCCUGAGGGAGCUGUUCAAACCUAGCAUGGCGGAGCUGGGCCUCUGCAUCUACCAAUUUGAGUAUCUGCUCCAGGAGCAACUUCCAGAGCUGAACGUCCAUUUUCGAUCCCAGAGUUUCCACACAUCCAUGUACGCCUCGUCCUGGUUCCUCACCCUUUUCCUCACCUUUCUCCCUCUGCCUGUUGCCACACGAAUCUUUGAUAUUUUCAUGUAUGAGGGCCUAGAGAUUAUCUUUCGUGUGGGCCUGGCCAUCCUGCAGUACAACCAGACUGACCUCAUUCAGCUGGACAUGGAGGGCAUGUCACAGCAUUUCCAGAAGGUGAUCCCCCACCAGUUUGACAGCUGCCCAGACAAGCUGGUCCUCAGGGCCUACCAGGUUAAAUAUAACCCCAAGAGGAUGAAGAAACUUGAAAAAGAAUAUACUACAAUCAAGAAUAAAGAAAUGGAGGAGCAAAUUGAGAUUAAGUGUAGGUUACGCACAGAAAACAGGCUGUUGAACAGAGUCGAGACGCUGGAGAAGGAAAGUGCCGCUCUGGCAGACAGACUGAUACAGGGUCAGGUGACAAGGGCGCAGGAAGCAGAGGAGAACUACGUGAUCAAGCGGGAGCUGGCGGUGGUGAGGCAGCAGUGUAACACUGCCAGCGAGAGUCUCGAGAAAGCUCAGGACACCAUCAGAGAGCUGCAGCAACAGAAGUACACGGAGCAAUUUGUGAACAGUCUGCAGACGCAACUGGAGCAGUCCAGACUGCGCGAGGCUGAGCUGCUGGGGGCCCUUAAGGAAAUGCAAGACAAGGUCCUUGAUCUGGAGAAGAGGAGCAGCUGUCUACCUGAUGAGAACAACAUGGCAGUUCUGCAGGAGGAGGUGAAGCAGAUGAAGCUGAGGGAGCUGGAGAUGCUGCGCUCAUUCACAGAGAUGCAGGACACUAUCACUGAGCUCAACCAGCGCUGGCAGCACCACAUGUCGCGUGCAGGCAGCACAGGCGGCGGGGGCGGCCACUGGAAGGAAUCACCGAAGAAGAACGCCAUGAACGAGCUGCAGGACAAACUGAUGACGGUCAGACUGAGGGAGGCCCAGGCUCAGGCUGAGCUCCGGGAGGUCAAACUCAAAGCCCUGCAGCUGGAGAGCCAGAACCAGAUUAACAGCAAGCUGAUUGGUCGCAAUGAACAAGAACGUUCCGCCUUGCAGGACCGACUCCAGAUGCUGGCCAAUCAGAACAAAGCUCUCCAAGCCCAACUCAACGAGAUGAAAAGGAAGCAGGCCGAGUCUGACUGCAAGAGUAAAGAAGAGGUGAUGGCAGUGCGACUGAGGGAAGCAGACAGUAUGGCUGCCGUGGCUGAACUCAGGCAGAAGAUCGCUGAACUUGAGAUACAGAAGGAGGAAGGACUGAUCCAGGGCCAGCUGAACCACUCAGACUCCAGGCAGUACAUCAACCAGCUCCGGGACCAGAUUGCUGAGCUCAAGAACGAGAUUAGGCAGUUGCGAGGACAGAAGGCAGUCCCCAGGGUCAGCACUGGAGGAAGCACCAACUACCAGGAUCUCUGCCUGACCAGCCCCGCCUCCGCCGAGGGGGACUACCUAAGCUCAGAUGAGGAUCUCCUCCCCAGCCCACUGCCUGCCAGUGCCCUUUACUCCACCCUGUCCGGCCCAUGUCAUCCAUCUGCACGCCUCGACAGCGAAGGCAGCACGGACAGCGAGGCAGAGGAGCGGGUGCAGACACAUCCGGACCCGCAGCAGCUGUAUGGCAGCAUAGUGUGCGCUGAGGCACUGGAUAACUGAGACCAGGAGGAGGUGUGAAAGUUUCAUUAUUUUGAUUAUUUUGACCUAAAAAAGACGCUGGACCUCUACUGGGCAGGACUGCUACUGUAAACUGGAACUGUAUUAACGAAUCCAGUCCUCCUCCUCAACUUUUCCAGUGUUUACCUUUAACUUGAUGCAGACAUAGUGGCAUUGAUUGGACCUCUACUGAUCAUCACUCGUCGUCUCCGCUCCUGUUACUGUCUCCACCACCCUGUUCCCCACACAGUCAGAUCCUGUGUUCCCAGUGUUCAUGUAAAGCCUCUCUCCUUGUUCCCAUGUGUAACUGCACCGGAAACAACAUAUCCAUUCAAACACAAACAUAUGACACACAAACAAUGGACUAAACUGGACCAGCGAAAGUGUUGAUGCUGCUCGAGAUUGACCGCUGGACAUGAAUCUGUGACUGUGGAGUGAAAAAUGGGUAGACAGAGAGGGAAUAACUCUUCCGUCUCCCUAUAUAAACUGAGUGAUAGACACUCGACACACUGUAUGCUCUGCCUGCCCUAAUGUAACUCUCCUUCCUGAUUGUGUCAGAGUUAAAUUCAUCUGUAUUCUCUCUUUUUCCCUUUUAUGCAUCUCAUUAGGAAGUCACACACAAGAACCUUUUGUCAGCCUUCUCUUUACCUCUCAAUUAAACCAAGUGUUAAAAAGAACUUUCCAAAGGAGUAGAGGUGCAGUGUAGGAACAUGUACACAUCAGACUGUAGGAAUAUCACAAGAUGGUGUUCACAAAUGAAUCAUGAACACUUUCACAUACUAAAUGUGUGUGUUUUCUGUGUCUGUGGCUUGCAGAAGAAGGUAAGUAAAUACAGCAGUUCAUGUCAAAAAAUUCAUCAUAACCCACAAAAAGGAAGAAAGAAACUAAAUGUUGCCAAAUGUUUUGUUUUGUUUUUUUAAAUUAUUCAUAUCUUGUAAUUUAUUUUGAUAUUUUAUUUUAUUUUUAUAUAUCUAUAUGAUACUGUAGGAGUGUAGAGAUAGAGACAGGGGCCAAACUUUCUACACCGUCCUUUGUGCCAACUAGUCGUCUGUUACAGUUUUUCAGAAACGGAAAAUGUGCUGCUAUGAUUUUGGAUUUACUUUUGUUUGUUUGUUUGUUUUUUUUUUCUGUGAGCUGAAGAUAUAACUUCCCGUUUACUCUGUGCAGACUGAUUGAAUUUGAAAUGUGAGCAAUUUAACUCGAUUCCUUCCUGGAGCUUCUCAGCAUUCAGUGUGAUGCUUGUUAUGAUGCUGAACAGUUCGGUCUACUUCAAAACCAAGCAUUAUCAUUGUGUAUGUGUGAGUUAAAGGAAUCGUUUGACAUUUUAAAGGGGAUACAUUUGUCCACCUUCCUGCUGAGAGUUAGAUGAGAAGAUCGACACCACUCGUCUGUCUAUUAUUAUUAUUCCGCCAGGAGAUAGUUAGCUUAGCCAGUGGGGAACUAACUUUUGCUGAACAGUGGGCACAAGUGGCAAAAUAUAAAAUGAUGUUAACACAAGGAGAAAGAAGUUAUAAAGUCUGUGAAUUGACUCCGUAACAUUAAUUACAAAUACAGAGCAAUGUCUGGCUAAGUUUUGCUCAUGCUAGCUAAAAUUAUAAAGUCAGAUACAUAAUUAAAGAUACAUAAUUGUGAGAUGCAUUAAAUAAAUCAGAUAUAAUCCUAUUCUUAUAUAUAACUACACGUGGUGGAUUUUGUUGCAUUAGGACAGAACUUAGGCUAGUUCUUCACCCUUGUUUUCAGUCUUUAUGUUAUGCUAAGCUAACCAUCUCCUGGCUGUACAGACAAACAUAAAAGUGGUACCAGUCAUCUCAAUUAGGCGAAUAAACCCAUUUCCCUAUUUCUUUAGUUAUCAUUGUCCCAUACAUGCAAAAAAAAUAAAAAAACAAAAAAUCCAGGUAACAGUGCUGAUCUGGAGUCACCAGUUCAUGUGCUCGUAUCACUUUCUUUUAGCUACAACUGCACAUGUGGGCCAAUGAAAGGGGAGGGAGUAGUUCAUAUUGUAAAGAUGCAGUCAUAACUGGGGAGUGUAUGGAUGGAAAAUAUUUUACAUAUCAAACAUAAGUAUAUUCUGUGUACAAAAUAGGGUGUAAAAUGUAUGGAGAAUAUACAGUGCAAGAGGAACAUAAGUAUAUAGAUAAGAUUUAAAGCUGUAUCACUGUCAGUCCAGAUGGUGUGAGGUCUGAGUGUGUACAGUCAGACCUCAUUUAUCAAACAGGGUGUCAUAUGUAGAGCAGUGAUCUGCUUUUUGCACUACAAAGAAAUAGAAACUCUCUGCCCUUGACAUAAGCACUGAGCGGUUGUGUGGAUUCAUGGUGGGAUCAUUUCUGAUUAAAUUGAGCUCUCCAGAGGGACCUUGACAUUAUCUGAGUAUUUCGCUUCAAUAUUAUUCAUCCAACUUUGUUAAUCCUUGGACUGAUGUUGAAGAAUUUGUCUCUAAAGGCCCACUUUCUGCUUCAGUGAAUGAAAGGUAGAGGAGAUAAGUGAUGUCAUCCUCGGAGAAAUAAGGAAACAGGACCUUCCAGCAAUGGCCAUCCAAGAGCUAAAGAGGAUGUUGGUUUGCCCACCUUACUGUUGCAAGUAACAGCUUUUUAGUGGUGAUUGGUGGGUGUCACAACUGAAAUCUCGACAAUGAAAUCAGUGUUUGGAUAUCGUCAGACCAAGUGAGUGUAUACCAAAUGGUUUCAGUUGAGUUCCUUUUCGUUCUUUGGGUGUACAGAAUGUGUCAUCGGUUCUGUUGAGCAUGAGAUUUAGGCCUUUAGAUUAAUUUACUUAGAGUUAUAACUAGCUGAAUUUCUCACUUCAAGUUAUAAUCCUCAAGAUUUUCUUUCUAACAAAUGUAUUUGUUAAUAUUUCUGGCUGGAAAAAGCUAUUCAUUGCACUUGCUUUCUAUAAUUACCUCUCUAUGUAACAGUUGUCAAUGUUACUGGUGGUGUCAUUGUGGGGUUCAAAGGAUUUACAGGAAAAGAUGCAUGCAUGUACUAUACAUGGCGCAUGUAUACUUUUCAUGUAAUGCACAAUGAAAAGUUGGAUCAUGAGUUAUUAAAUGGACACAUACAUUGUCAGGACUUUUUGAGGAAACAGACAAAUAACUUUUGGCUACAACCUGAUAUUCACAGUCUCCUUGUGCUGUGAUUGGUCAGCUGUGUAGAAAUGAGAAAAUGUGAUGCAUUCAAAAUUCAUUCUCGGUACCAUUUCUGAUUUAAACAAUGUUAUCUCACUUAGUCUUAAAUCCUCUCAGCCCAUGAUUUGUUUGGUUGUGCUGGAUAAACAUACAGACUUUUUCUGUUGCGUUUCUGACAGCGUAACCACCCCAAGCAUGUUUCAGACUGACCUCUGUGAGCUGUAUUGUUAAAACACAUUCGUCAUUACCACCACUAAACACAGGUGAUGCCAGAUCCACCACAACUGAAAUCUUAAGGAUUAUAACUAUUAAUAUUCCAGUUUGGAUUUGAAUCAGUAAUCAAAAUGUAUAGACUUCUUAUGAGCUUUCAUUCAGGGCUUUCCAAAAUUAACCCUAAUCUUGACCCAGAUCAGUGCUCAGUGUCCUUCAGCACAUUUUAACACAUCUGUACACUGACAUUCAGUGAUGGUGCUCUGUUCUCACCACUGUCUAAAUACAACUAUCUACUGUGAUGAAACAUUUUGAUAUGUUUGUAAAUUACUUUUGGAUAUGGUACUAGCUCUCAUCUUUAAUAUUAUUUUUACAGUUACCAUCAGUACUAUGGUUUCUCCUGAUAACUGCAUUACAAGAUGAUCAUGAUUAAACAUCAUAUUGUGCCAUAAAAAUGAGUAGGUUUACACACUAUGCUAAAUGACUUCAUAUAUGUUCAACAAGGGUCACGCGUCAUUGAACAGCCACGUAAUAUAAAGUGAAUUUUGUGUGGGUUCAAAUGAAAUCACACUGUGUUGCUCCAGGUUUAUCAUCUUGAAACUGGAACAUCCACGUGUUCCCCGAUUUAAUGCAGGAAAUAAGGUAAUACAGUGUGUCACAUGUGAGUGUUUCCUCACAGACAGUAAGAAAAAACAGACAUCCUGGUUAGUCUGGUUUCUCGGCUUUCUCGGAUUUCUGUGCUGUAUGUGAUGGCUGUUUGAUAUUCACAGUAUCAUACCCAAGAACCUUGUCCAUCCUCUCUCUUUCUGUCUUGCAAUUCAACUGAUGUUGUUACUGAAAUAUAUUAAAUAGCAGUAAAGAUUAUAUAAAUUCCAGUAUGAUGGGGAACAAAUACAUUUCAGUGUUCUGUAUCUUAUGAAUGAUACAAAAUAAACUUUGACAUAGCACCUUUGCAAAGGCCUGAUUGUGUUUUUAUUGUUUUUCACUUGAAGUUCUCACGCAGU